CGUAAUUGACGCAAACCCUGAAUAUUUGAUACCACAACGAAUAGAGAUUUAAAUUCAAUAAAUCAAUACACUCAUAUAGUGGUAUGCCUUCGCGAAAUUCAUUUUUGAGAGACAAUUAGAGAAGAUAUCAGUGACUCAAUUACUGGAACAGUACCGUCGACUUACCAGUUUCAACAUUUGUUUUAUUGAAAAUGAGGCAAAUUUUAAUUAUUCUCUUGGUCGUCAUACUUUCGAGUUAUCCACUCCAUAGCAAUGCUAGGAAACAUAAUCGAAAUAGAGCAAUAUCAGAAGAAUAUUGUAACAUACGUCAAAACAAUGUGAGAAGAAAGAUGAAAGAAUGCUCCGAUUUCAUUCAAAAUUGUCAGCAUGUUAUGGGCACAACAGGUAUUAGUCUCAAUAUAACGUACGCCGAAAGACAGCGAGUGAUGGGAGAAUAUUCCGAAAAAACAUGCCCAGAAAUGACGGAAAAAUACUUAGUAGAACAUGAGAACGUUAAUGGAGCAAGAAGUAUUUCUCCAUAUGACAUUGUACUGGACUACGACCCCAUGAGGUUUCCCAAGAAGAUCUUUCAAUAUCGAUGCCUUUGUAAAGGGUGCAUUGAUAUGAAGACAAGAAGAGAGAAUUUGAGUUUGGUAUCAAAAGAAGUCACAGCUGACAUAAAUGUCUACUACUACAAUGGCACAAUCGCAAGAUACACGGUCGUUACUGGUUGCACUUGCGUAAUGCCUAUAAUGAUAGAAAGAACAGCUAAAAAAUAAAUUAUUACUAUGCUCAUUCGAAUCGUCCAGGCCUUGAUCGCAUUUUGUUGAACUUUA